UUUCUUCCCCUCUCCACACUCUUUCUCUGCCUCUCUCUCUCGCUCUUCACAUUGAGCUCUUUCGAAAGUGCGGCGAGAGAGUCUAUCCAUCUAAGAAGCGAGUUUCAUAUCAUCAGAAUGGGUAAAGAGAAGGUUCACAUCAACAUUGUGGUCAUUGGCCAUGUUGACUCUGGAAAGUCGACCACCACUGGACACUUGAUCUACAAGCUUGGAGGUAUUGACAAGCGUGUUAUUGAGAGGUUUGAGAAGGAGGCUGCUGAGAUGAACAAGAGGUCGUUCAAGUAUGCCUGGGUGUUGGACAAGCUCAAGGCUGAGCGUGAGCGUGGUAUUACCAUUGAUAUUGCCUUGUGGAAGUUUGAGACCACCAGAUACUACUGCACAGUCAUUGAUGCUCCUGGACAUCGUGACUUUAUUAAGAACAUGAUUACUGGUACCUCACAGGCUGACUGUGCCGUCCUCAUUAUUGACUCCACCACUGGAGGUUUUGAAGCUGGUAUUUCUAAGGAUGGUCAGACCCGUGAGCAUGCCUUGCUUGCAUUUACCCUUGGUGUUAAGCAGAUGAUUUGCUGCUGUAACAAGAUGGAUGCCACAACCCCAAAGUACUCUAAGGCCAGGUACGAUGAAAUUAUUAAGGAAGUCUCAUCCUAUUUGAAGAAGGUUGGUUACAACCCUGACAAGAUCCCCUUUGUCCCCAUUUCUGGUUUUGAGGGUGACAACAUGAUUGAGAGGUCUACCAACCUUGACUGGUACAAGGGCCCUACUCUACUCGAGGCUCUUGACCAGAUUUCUGAGCCCAAGAGGCCCUCAGACAAGCCCCUCCGUCUUCCACUUCAGGAUGUCUACAAGAUUGGUGGUAUUGGAACUGUCCCAGUUGGAAGAGUUGAGACUGGUAUCAUCAAGCCUGGUAUGGUUGUGACAUUUGGCCCUACUGGAUUGACAACUGAAGUUAAGUCUGUGGAGAUGCACCAUGAAGCUCUCCUGGAGGCCCUUCCCGGUGACAAUGUUGGCUUCAACGUGAAGAAUGUUGCUGUGAAGGAUCUCAAGCGUGGUUUUGUUGCUUCCAACUCCAAGGAUGAUCCUGCCAGGGAGGCUGCUAACUUCACCUCCCAGGUCAUCAUCAUGAACCACCCUGGUCAGAUUGGCAAUGGCUAUGCUCCUGUCCUUGACUGUCACACCUCCCACAUUGCUGUUAAGUUUGCUGAGCUUGUGACCAAGAUUGACAGGCGAUCUGGUAAGGAGAUUGAGAAGGAGCCAAAGUUUUUGAAGAACGGAGAUGCUGGGAUGGUGAAGAUGAUUCCCACCAAGCCCAUGGUUGUUGAGACUUUCUCUGAGUACCCACCUCUUGGUCGUUUUGCUGUGAGGGACAUGCGUCAGACCGUGGCUGUUGGUGUCAUCAAGAGUGUCGAGAAGAAGGAUCCUUCUGGUGCCAAGGUCACCAAGUCCGCUGCAAAGAAAAAGUGAAAUGUGCUUUUGAGGUUUAUCUUAGUCAGACUAGUUUUGUCUAUUUAUGGUGCUACUGGUUUUCAAUUUUGUUUUGGUCGUUCUUGCAGUUUUGAGGACAGCUUUAUUAGUUUCCAUCACAGUCCUCUAGCCUUGCUUCUGAGGAUGGUGGAGGGGUUGAGCAAUCAGAUUUCUUCUGGUUGCUUGACAAGCUGUGGUGGAAACUCUGUUUUACAAAUUAUGUUUUAAGUUUUUUAUCUCAAUGAGAUGAGUCGUGAUUUAAGUUUUAUGUCUCAGUGAGAUGAGUCGGGUAGUUGAUUAUUGAUGAAGAACUUCACUUUAAUGUCAAGUACUCUGGUUUUUAAGUUCAUUAUUUAAACUUGCUGGUUCUUAUC